CUUGCAAGCUCAGUCACAACGGCGUCGAAGCACCAGCUGAGCAGCAUCCCUCGACAACCUGUGAAUUUAGUCAUCUUGAUCUGGAUCAACUGACAACUUUGAAAGAAGAUUACUUCUCUGUUAUCAGUAGAGGUUUACUCUAAAGCACAAAAAGCAAAAAAUGAUUUAUCUACGACCAACGAUCUGUCUGGCUGUGAUCCUCAUUGGGAUUGCCGGAUUGGCGUCCGCUCUGCCGGCUCCUGACAAAGAAAGGUUUCUCAACGAGCUUGACUUGGUGGACGACGACGGCGGUAUCGAGACUGCACUGAUCAAUUACCUGUUCACAAAACAGGUAGUUAAGCGUCUUCGCAAUCAAAUGGAUCUUGGGGAUCUUCAGCGCAAGCGCAGCUACUGGAAGCAGUGCGCUUUCAAUGCGGUUUCGUGUUUUGGCAAAUAAAACCUUCAGGCGUGAAUAUUUGUCUUAGAUGUAAAUUAUUGUAGCCCAAAAUAAGAUGAAGGAAUGAAAAAAAAGUCCCGUGGGACUCUCGAUGUCUCCUAGCGUUUCUACUCUCUUUAGGCUUUAUUGAAGAAGAGUGACAGGUAACGGAAGGGUGGUAAGGAGAUGAAGAGGAAAAGAGAGAACAGAAACGUCUCAUGUAUCUUCAAAUAAUUUAAUUGUUCCUCGUGCGUAAGAUAAGCUUAAGUAAUUCAUUGAUAAACAGUCAUCCCAUACUCUCAAUACCCUGGACAUAAUUUAAGUUAUAAAAUUCUUAAAAUUAUCAUUAUUUCAAUUUCACUACAAUUUCUCGCUUUCUCUACUUUUUUUAAUCUAACAGCUUCUCCCUUGCCACGCAGUAACUGUACUGUAGAUUGGUUAAUCCAUAGGAUUUCAAGAGCUUGUAACAUUUGUCCCAAAUAAGAAGAUGUUCUGAGCGUAUCUAGCAGAUGUACAAGCAUAGAUGCAAAAGAAGAAAUAGAAAUGCUAACAGAAGCAACAAUAGCUUAUCCAAUAAGAUGCAUUUUGUGUAAGGAUCAGCUCUAAUUCUACCACAGGAUUGAAUUAACAAAGAUUAUAUGGUUUUAAUGUAUCCCCCUCUCUGUUUAUCAGAUGUAAGUGGUAAUGUAAUCCACCAGUAUUUAAUCAGUAAAUGUAAUCCACCCGCAAUAUCGUGUAUUCAUAUCAUAGAAUAGAAAUACAUAUCGGUGAUGACUUUCAA